AGUCUUUACGCGUUCCUUGACAAGGACAGACGUCUUUUUCUUUUGACACCGUUUUAAUCGAAGGGCAAGAUGGCGCGUCUGCUGCUCGUGCUUUUACUGGUCGCGCUGGGAGCACCGGUCUACUACAUCUUUUUCAAAAGCCCACCACCUCUACCAGAUAUCGACUUGAACGAAUGGUGGGGCCCGGAGCAGAUGAAGACCAAGCAUGAUACCAGUUUAAAGCCUUUCAAAGUGAAAUUCGAUGCACUGAUGAUAAAGGACCUCAAAGACCGCCUCAAAGCCCAUCGUCCUUUCGUCCCGGCUCUCGAAGGUAUAGCCUUCGAGUACGGCUUCAACAGCAAACAAAUGAACAGUUGGAUCAAAUACUGGUCCGAGGAGUACCCAUUUAGCGAGCGCGAGAAAGUCUUCAACCAGUACCCGCAGUUCAAGACCAACAUCCAGGGCUUGGACAUUCACUUCAUCAGGUACAAGCCCCAGGUACCAGCUAACGUCGAAAUUGUCCCACUGAUGCUUCUCCACGGAUGGCCGGGCUCUGUGCGAGAGUUUGAUGCUGCGAUUCCCCUCCUGACAGCUGUCAGUAAGGAGAGAAACUUCGCGCUCGAGGUCAUCAUACCCAGUCUUCCGGGCUAUGGUUUCUCCGAUGCGGCAGUACGCCCAGGUCUUGGAGCGGAUAAAGUGGCUGUGGUAUUAAGAAAUCUAAUGAAUAGACUCGGUUUCAAGAAGUAUUAUAUCCAAGGAGGUGACUGGGGUGCAAUCAUCGCCAGCAACAUGGCAACUAUGUUCCCUCAGGAGGUACUUGGCUAUCACACAAAUAUGGCUUUCUCUAUGUCUUCAAGAACGACUCUCAUCCAAACUUUCGGGGCCAUCUAUCCGCCUUCAGUGGUGAGAUCUGACCUGGUAGAUCGAAUGUACCCAAUGUCCAAAAUAUUCGGGACUCUUUUGGAAGAGUUGGGUUACAUGCACAUCCAAGCUACCAAACCUGACACAGUUGGUGUAGCGCUAUCAGAUUCCCCGUCUGGUCUCCUCGCGUAUAUCCUGGAAAAAUUCUCCACCUGGACAAAACCCCAGUACAAACUUAAGGCCGAUGGCGGACUAACCAGCAGUUAUACUCGGGAACAGCUCAUCGACAACCUCAUGAUGUACUGGGCUACCAACUCCAUCACAACUUCUAUGAGACUAUACUCCGAAACUUUUAACAAGAGAUACGCAAGCCUGGGUCUUGAUGAGAUCCCAACACCGGUACCAACAUGGAUACUGCAAGCUAAGAAUGAGCUGGCCUACCUUCCGCCUUGGAUCUUGAAGUUCAAAUACAAAAACUUAAUCAACGAGACCGUUUUGGAUGACGGCGGUCAUUUCAUCGCCAUGGAAAUGCCUAAGGUCUUCUCAGAAGACGUUCUAAGUGCGGUAGCCGCUUUCCGAAACUGGCACAAAGACCGCAAUGUGAAGACUGAGCUUUAAUUUUUUUUUUAUUUUAAUAAUAAAUUGUUUUGUUUG